CCAAAUUAACAUCACAAAUCAAGCAAUAUUCCAAAUUAACAUCACAAAUCAAGCAAUAUUCCAAAUUAGGCUUUAUAUACUUUACAAAGUAUAAUAAGUUUCGACCCACUACUUUAUUAAUUUUCACUUCCUUGCCUACACUUAUUUUACUAAUCACUAAUCAACCCAUCAAAUUUUUGUAAUGGAAGGAGUAAAUGUACCACUUCAAGCGCCAACGUACGGAAACCUAGUCACCAUUCUCAGCAUUGAUGGAGGUGGCAUCAGAGGCAUUAUCCCUGGAACUAUCCUCAGUUUCCUAGAAUCUGAACUUCAGAAACUAGACGGUGAAGAUGCAAGAAUUGCAGACUACUUUGACGUGAUAUCAGGAACAAGCACAGGUGGUCUGGUGACGGCCAUGCUUGCUUGCCCUAAUGAGAAGAACCGUCCGAUGUUUGCUGCAAAGGAUAUAAAAGAGUUCUACCUCAAUGAAUGCCCCAAAAUAUUUCCUCAACGCAAUUUCAAAUUCUUUCCCCAUACAUUUAGCGUCAUCAAAGCUUUAUCAGGACCUAAAUACGAUGGAAAAUAUCUGCAUCGUCUUGUUAAGGAAAAACUUGGAAACACUAAAUUGAAUCAGACAUUAACUAAUGUUGUCAUCCCAACAUAUGAUAUUACAAGACUCCAACCUACCAUCUUUUCCAGCUUUCAGGUUAAGAAAAACCUAUCCUUGAAUGCUUUCCUCUCAGACAUAUGCAUUUCCACAUCAGCUGCACCGACUUAUCUGCCCGCUCAUUUCUUUGAAACCACCGAAGAGAAAACAGGGGCGGUGACAAAAUUUAACCUUAUAGACGGUGGCGUUGCUGCAAAUAAUCCGACAUUGGUUGCUAUAGGAGAAGUGACAAACGAAAUUAUAAAGGGAAAUCAAGAUUUUUUUCCAAUAAGGCCAAUGGACUAUGGUAAAUUUCUAGUGAUAUCUUUAGGAACUGGCGCGCCAAAAGCUGAAGAGAAAUGCAUAGCUGGUGAGGCUGCAAAAUGGGGCGUGUUGGGUUGGUUAACAGCAAAGGGCUGCACGCCUUUAGUGGACGUGUUCAGUCAUGCAAGUGGUGACAUGGUGGAUUUGCAUAUCUCUGCAGUAUUUCAAGCCCUGCACUCCGAAAACAACUAUCUCAGGAUUCAGGAUUGCACAUUAAACAAGAAAACUGCUUCAGUAGAUGUGGCCACAAAAGAGAAUUUGGAUGAUCUUGUCAAAGUUGGUGAAAAGUUGCUAAAGAAACAAGUUUCAAGAACAAAUUUGGAUUAUGGAACCUUCGUACCUUGUAAGACAGAGACUAAUGAAGAAGCUCUUACAAGAUUCGCCAAACUGCUUUCUCAAGAGAGACGCCUUCGCCAAGCUCAAUCACCCCACGGAUCACUCGCUGCAAAAUCCAAAUGAUUAUAACAUAGUUUCUUUGUUGCUUAGUUAAACUUUGUUUUAUGGAUUAAUUUAUCAUUCAAAAUUGUGCUUGAAUAAGUUCUCAACAAAGAAGAACAAGUUGAAAGAUUUAUUCAUUUUUUUAUUAAGUUAUUUGUGUUUGUAAAUCAUGUAAUAAA